AUGAAUUCUUGUAGGAAACACUGCCGAUUCGGAACACUUGAUGUUGAAAAAGUGAAGGAUAAAAUUGUGAUAUGCCUUGAAGAUGAAUAUCUUGGAACAUUUCAUGCAGGUGCAGAAGCUUUUUCUGCAGGAGCAGUAGGAAUGAUUUUGGUUACUGAAAUUGAUAGCUUCUAUGAUUCUACUGCAUACCCUCAUAUUUUACCUACUUCAUAUGUCAAUUAUACAGAUUCUCAGUAUAUUGAUUCCUACAUCAAAAGUGAAAAGAACCCUGUUGCUUACAUAACAAAAGCAGUAACAAAAACUCUGAUAAUUCUAGCUCCGGUGAUUGCUUCAUUCUCAUUUUAUAAUACCUAUAAAUUGGUUAUGCUUUUAACAUAA